AUGGGAUCUAGUGCUACUGCUGACGUUGUUCGAGUCUAUAAUAAUAAUCCUGCUCCGUUCUUGAGCGAAUUCAAUGCUGUCAUGACUAAAAUGGGAGAUUUGCCAUCUGGUGGCGUUCAGUUGGAAAUUCGCGAUGUUUGUAACAGGUUAUCUCAGAACCUGUGCAUCUUUGGGGCUAUUCGGGCAGUUGUGAGAGAACACAUCACGACAAAUAGGCGAUUCGGGGCGUUUGUCAUUCGCCUCUUCUUCCACGAUUGCUUCCUCAAUGGAUGUGAUGGGGGUAUUCUUCUAAAUAUUCCUGGAGGAGAAUUAACUUCACCACCAAAUGCUAAUUCAAUAAAAGGCUUUGCAGUAAUACUUCGAGCUACACAAAGGAUCAAAGAACAGUGCCCUAGCGCUGCUGUAUCCUGUGCGGAUAUACUAGCCAUUGUUGCCCGUGACUCUGUUAAUCUCUUGGGAGGACCAUUAUACCAAGUGGGAUUUAUACGACGAGAUGCAAGAACUCCUGCAACUGCCCAAGCAGCUUUAAACCAACUUCCAGCACCAUUUGACAAUGCCGCUGUCCAAAUAAAUAAAUUCAAAGCAAAAGGCUUUGAAAUAAGGCACAUGGUCGCGUUGGUGGGGGCUCACUCCAUUGGCUUCGCCAGGUGCGCGAUCCUAUGCAAUGGCACGAAUGUUAAUCCGCGGAGACGAGCCACCUUAGGGUGCACUUGUCCCAACAUCAAUGACAUAAAACCAUUAGACUUAAGUCCUCGGGUUUUCGACAAGGUUUAUUACGACAAAUUGAUUAAGGGUCAAAGGCUCCUUUUUUGGGACCAAGUGCUCAUGGGGACUACUAGCACGGCCAACAUUGUUCGAAGCAAUAGCAACAACCCUACUCAAUUCUUGAUCGAUUUCAGUGCUGCAAUGAAAAAACUCGGGAACUUGCCUCCCGUGACUAGCGUUCCAUUGGAAAUUCGCGAUGUUUGUGGAAAGGUCAACGCCAAUUCCAUCGCGGAUAUGUGAUGAAAAAGAAAAAGAAAACAAACAUAUGCUUAAUUACAAAAAAGAAAAGAAAAAAUCAUCUUCCACUUUUCCCGAAUAAACAACGCAUGUAUUCUUUAUAAUAAUCAUCUAGUUUAUUUUUUCUCUCAUAUUAGCAGGGUGAAUGGUAAUCCCAUCGCGGAUGUGAAAAAAGAGAGAUAUUAAAAAAAAAAAAAAACGUUAGAGUUUUCAACUUCUAUUUUCCUAAAUAAACAAACGUGUUUGGCUUAUAGACAGUCUAGUUUAAUUAUUGGUUUAUGGAAGUUGCUUGAGCUUCUAUAUGUACCCUUUGCCUUUAAUUUGGUAAUGCAGGUGAUACAAAGUGUCUUUGUCCAUAUCAGCACUAUCUUACAUCUACAAAGGCAUAGUUCUUUUCUUUUUUUUUCUUUUUUUUGCAAUGAUCAAUUCGUAAAUUAUUAUGAUUAUUCCUUUUAUUUUAAGGGCAGUUACUUACCUACCAUAUCAAUUCUUGCAAACAGUACUAUUAAAUUGCUUAUGAAACGAAGAACGAAGUGUUAAUUCAAAUGGCUGAUUGAACAAUUUUCCCUCAUGAACUCGUACUUUAUUCCGAGAUAAACGAAAUUAAUGGUCUUAUAG